AUGCCUCCCAAGUCUCAGAAGCAAGGCGCGGGUAAGGCAAAGCCUGGUGACGACAAGCAAGAGCAGCUCUUCCGAGCCAUUGUUCUCGCAGACUCUUUUGAAACCAAGUUCACUCCGUUUUCAAUUGAGCGACCACGGUGUCUGCUUCCGCUAGCGAACACACCCUUGCUCGAGUACACCCUCGAAUUUCUCGCGAGUGCUGGUGUCGAUGAGGUGUACAUGUAUGCUGGCAGUCAUAUUGACCAGGUAGAGGCAUAUAUCCAGGCUUCCAGAUGGAUACUCGACUCCUCACCAUUUCAAAACUUUAUCUUCCUCCGAGAUGAUACGGCUACGUGCGUUGGCGAUGUGAUGCGAAACCUGGAUUCAAAGCACAUUUUCGACAAAGCCGCCGACUUCCUGGUGGUAAGCGGCGAUGUGGUUUGCGACUAUCCCAUGGAAAGGGCCUUGAAGAAGCAUCGAGAGAGGAGGGAGCGUAAUAAGGAUGCGAUCAUGACAAUGCUUUUGAGAGAAGCUCCGCCAGGUCAUGACCAAUACACGAGUCCGGACUCUUCCACAUUCGUUAUCGAUCCAAGCUGCGACAGAUGCUUACAUUAUGAAGAGAACGGUUCGAAUGCGGCAUAUAGCGCUCAUAUUGACGCAGAGUCGCUGAAAUCCCCCGAGCUCGAUAUUCGUCAGGACCUUAUUGACUGCAGGAUUGACAUCUGUGCGCCAGAUGUACUGACCCUGUACUCGGAUAAUUUUGACCACCAGUCGCCCCGCAAAGACUUUUUGUUCGGCGUGCUCAAGGACCAUGAGCUUAAUGGAAAGACGGUUCACGUCCACAUUGCCAAAAGCCACUACGCUGCCAGAGCCAGCGAUCUCCCAACAUACGCCAAGCUCACUCGGGACCUGAUGCACGGAGAAAUACCGUCACUGGCUGUGGAAAAUAACAUCUUCCCUGGUAGUGCUUACACCAGAUCACAUCGCGGUCCUACAUGUGGCAUAGGAGUUAUCAAAGCGAGACCUGUCAGUAUUGACAAUGAAACCAUCCUUGGUUCGGAAACCAGUGUAGGAUCGGAGUCAAUCAUUGAACACAGCGUUCUCGGCAGCCGCUGCAAUGUAGGCAAACGAUGCACGAUCAAGGACGCAUAUAUCUGGGACGACGUCACUCUGGGUUCGGACGUGAAGAUCAGCAGAGCCAUCAUUGGCAGUGAAACUUUCAUUGGUGACAAUUGCACAAUCAAUGAGGGAGCCCUUGUAUCAUUUGGGGUCAAGCUAGCACCGGGGACCAACGUUCCAGCCGGCAUGAAAGUUACAAGGCAGUCUCAGGCGAACACAAAGACUAACAUCGGUGGUGAAGGCUAUGUGUACGAAGACGAGGACGAAGAUAUCGAACACACUAAUCCUGGGCUUUUGUACCAGCAUCCGGUCGCGGCCGAUUCAGUGUCCACUCUAGGUUCAGAAAUGUCGGAGCCAGAUUCGCCACUCGAUGGCAGUAGAAGUCAGAGCUUUGCCACCACUCAAUCCGACGAAGAUUCGUCUGACAGAUUCCAACACGACACGGUAGCUAUCCUGACGCAAAGAAUGCAAGAGGGACAGAAAGCAGACGACAUGUUAUCUGAAUUAAUGGGUCUGCGGUUUAGCGGUGGCGCUGAUGAAGUGGGGGUGCGGAGGGCAGUCGCUGCGGCUCUAUGCAAACGAAUUUCGUCACAAGUUGAAGAAGGUAUGGCAGCCAAAGAUGCCUCUCAGCGAACUCUUUCUGCCUAUCAUACACUCAUUCGCCGCGCGCACGCCGAGCAGUCGACCGCCGAGCAAGUUGAUUUUCUGCUGGACGUGCAGAGAGUCCUUAUCAGACGAAAAGACGGAGCUAAAGUCCUUCUAUUCUUUGCGAAGGAUCUGUACGACCUCGAGGUUUUCAGCGAAGAAUCUAUUCUAGCCUGGUGGAAAGAUGUCAGGUCAACAAGCGAUGCUGAGAUGGAGGCAGUCAGGGCGCAGACUGAUCCUUUCAUUCAGUGGCUGGAAGAGGCAGAGGAGGAGAGUGAUGAAGAUGAGGACGACGAAUAG